CUUUUUACAUACUCAAAACAAAACAUACAUCAAAACGCUAAAGUUUAAACCCUAGCCAUCAUCAGAUCUUCAGAUUUCUGAGGAUCAUGGACAAGGUGAUGAGAAUGUCGUCAGAGAAAGGAGUGGUGAUCUUCACGAAGAGCUCAUGUUGUCUCUGCUACGCCGUUCAGAUCCUGUUCCGUGACCUUAGGGUUCAACCAACCAUCCACGAGAUCGACAACGACCCGGACUGCCGUGAGAUCGAGAAGGCUCUUCUCCGGCUCGGCUGUUCCACGGCGGUUCCAGCUGUCUUUGUCGGAGGCAAGCUUGUUGGCUCCACCAAUGAAGUCAUGUCCCUUCACCUUAGUGGCUCUCUCGUCCCCUUGAUCAAACCCUAUCAGUCCAUCCUUUACUAGCAAAUCAAACCAACUCAAUAUAUAUUAGCUAGUGAGAAUAAACACAGUUAAAGCUAGAGUGUGAGCUAGCUAGAUAUUCAGUGAGGACUUCGUCUGAAAUGUUUAUCUUAUGUAUGUUCUAUUGUUUAGCUUCUCUCGUGUUUCAGUUUAGUUAAUCAACUGGUGUAUGUUGAUGUAUAACUCUCUGUUCAUGCUAAUGAAAAAUAGUAUUCAAACUCUGA